CGUGACAACAGCACAAAUCAUGUGACUGGAUCAGCAGCAAAACCCACGGAGCUACUUCCGAGUGGGCAGAAUUAGGAGAUUUGCUCAGGAUGUUCAUACCUGAUAGGUACGGGGUGUUCCGUCUGUUGUGCCUGUUUGCUGUGUUUGAAGCGGCAUGUCUGCUGGACACCGGCAUGCUCUUCCCCCGGGAGUCUUCCUCCAGGGAGGUGAAGGAGCUGAACGGGCUGUGGAGCUUCAGGGCUGACAUGUCCCCGAACAGGAACCAGGGCUUCGACAGCGCAUGGUACAAAAGUCGCCUGGCGGAGACUGGCCCAGUGAUUGACAUGCCAGUCCCUGCCAGCUACAAUGACAUCACCCAGGACUCCACACUGAGAGAUUUCAUUGGCUGGGUGUGGUAUGAGCGAGAGGUGGUGGUGCCUGCCCGCUGGAUUGCUGAUGAAGGAACAAGAGUGGUUAUCAGAGUGGGAAGUGCUCACUAUUAUUCAGUAGUGUGGGUUAACGGGGUGAAAGUGACGGAGCAUAACGGUGGCCAUCUUCCCUUUGAGGCUGAGAUAGGCAGUUUAAUCCGCAAGGAUCCAACUCAGCCGUGCAGGAUCACCAUUGCUGUCAACAACACUCUGACUCUGGAAACUCUUCCUCCAGGGAGCAUCCAGCACAUGGACGACCACACAAGGUAUCCUAAAGACUUUUUUGUGCAGAACAUCUACUUCGAUUUCUUCAACUAUGCUGGCAUACAUAGACCUGUAUUGCUGUAUACUACUCCAAAGGCUUAUGUGGAUGACAUCACUGUGGUGACUGACUUCUUGAAUAACACUGGUCUAGUCAGAUACAAUGUGUCAGUCAAAGAUGCUGCUAUAGCCACCCUGAAUGUCACUUUGAUGGACAAAGAUGGCCGCUUGGUGGCCUCCUCCAGCGCGCCAGCUGGAGUUUUAAAAGUAGUAGACGUCAAGCUGUGGUGGCCGUACUUGAUGCAUGAGAAUCCAGCUUACCUUUACUCUAUGGAGGUUCGCUUGAUGGCAGCCGAUGAGAGAUCUACGUAUGAGGAUGUGUAUACUAUACCAGUUGGCAUCCGCACAGUCAACGUCACCAGCACACAGUUCCUCAUCAACAACAUGCCCUUCUAUUUCCACGGAGUCAAUAAACAUGAGGACUCUGAUAUUCGAGGUAAAGGCUUCGACUGGCCCCUGAUUGUAAAGGACUUUAACUUAAUGAAGUGGAUGGGGGCCAACUCGUUCCGCACCAGCCACUACCCCUAUGCUGAGGAGAUCCUGCAGAUGUGUGACCGCCACGGCAUCGUGGUGAUAGACGAGUGCCCGGGGGUGGGCAUCAAAGAUAUUCGCAGUUUUAGAAACGCCUCCCUGACCCACCACCUGGACGUCAUGGACGAGCUUGUACGUCGGGACAAGAACCACGCCUCCGUGGUCAUGUGGUCAGUGGCCAAUGAGCCGGCUUCAGAGAUGCCCCCUGCUGAGUUCUAUUUCAAGACCUUGAUAAAACACACCAAAGCUCUGGAUCCAACCCGGCCCGUCACUUACGUCUCAAACAGUAACUAUGCCAGGGACAAAGGGGCUCCCUUUGUGGACGUACUCUGCAUAAACAGUUACUUCUCCUGGUACCAUGAUCCAGGCCACCUGGAAGUCAUCCCCCUCCAGCUCAACACUCAGUUUGAAGACUGGUAUAAAAAGUACCAGAAACCCAUCAUCCAGAGCGAAUAUGGAGCAGAUGCAGUGCCAGGGCUUCACAGUGAUCCACCCAUGAUGUUUACUGAGGAGUACCAGAAGGCGGUCCUGCAGAGCUGCCACAAAGUGUUCGACCAGAAGAGGAAGCAGUACGUCAUUGGUGAACUCAUCUGGAACUUUGCCGACUUCAUGACGACACAAGGGAUCACCCGUGUGGUGGGCAACAAGAAGGGUGUCUUCACCAGGAACAGGCAGCCCAAAGCAGCAGCAUUCAUCCUGAAGGAGAGGUACUGGAGACUGGCAAAUGAAACAGCCAGACUGCCUCUCUGGACCAAGUACCCCUGCUCACUCUGAGACCCGCCACAGUCCAGGACAGGCAAACACUACGCCUCAUGGAAAAGUGCUGGAAAUUAAUUUAAUUCACACUUUGAAAACAUUUCAGUGCGUACACAUAAGAUCAAAGCACCAUAAAAUGUAGUCCAUGCUUUUGCUAUGAACUAAACCACCACUAUAAUAACUUUAUUUUUUCUGUAAUUUAGACAGAACAUAAAAGCAAUUUUACAUGCCGAUUUAAAAAGAAAGUCAAUGGUGCAAUUCACAUUUUAUAAUAAUUCUAAUUGUGCUCUGGUUUCCUUAGGAAGCACCUGUUGAGUUGUUACAGGAUGUUGUGAUACAUAUAAUGUGAGGCAGAGCUUUCCACUGCUAUCAUAAAAAGGUCAAAAUCAAAAUCCUUCAUCAGUGAAUCGCUCUGACCUUUCCUCCAGUCCGGAUAUGAGUACACCUGGCAGAGAAGGCUCAUCACGUUACAAAGACACUGCUAAAGAGCAGUUCCCACACCAUCGCCUCCAUGUUCCUUUCCUCUGUGUGUUUGUGGGAAAUGUUCUUAAACAAAUGCAUAAAUAGUGUUUUAGCAGUUUAAUAUAAACGCUGUGUUGGAAGCUGCUGACCUUCCUGAACAUUUUAGCGUGAAUGUGUUUUAGCUUUAGAUACAUGUACUGUUAAUGUGAAUUGCAAAGCUGAAUCCAAUCGCAAAAGUGUUUUUAUUUUUAUAAAAUCAAGAGAAGCACAAUUUUAUAUGAAUCAAGCCAUUAAAGACUAAACAUAUUCAAUAUGA